GGAGUAGAUCCACAUUCAGUUCAACCGGACAGCCCGAGGAAGCAACGCCGCCCAGACUUAUCCUCCGCAGUCAGAUUACCUUUUGUUUACAGCCAUCAUGAGAACCUUCGUCGUUCUGGUGACAAUAGCUGUGCAUCUAGCAGCUUCAGCAGAGUUGUUUCGGACUGAUUUUUCUGGUUCCAAUGGAUAUUCGUCUGAAGGAGGGGCCUCGUCCGUCUAUGACAACGAAUUUGGCCGAAAUGUUCUUCAGCUUGAUGGAAUCAACCAGUACGCUCUUGUCCCUGCAGUACGGUUCCAGGAAACCGACUUCACCAUCGAAAUGUGGUUCAAAACAACCGCAAAUAACAAGAGGCAGGUCCUAAUUGGCGACUGGUCAAAGCCUUGGCAGUUUCUGAUUGAGGUGACGGCGAGUGGGGAAAUCGAGGUCACCCUCAGACGAAACAUCAACAGUGCAGGAAGUGAUCCCAAGCAGAAUCUGUUGACCGCCAGAGGAGGCACCGUGGAAGUGGGCCAAUGGCAGUACCUCCAAGUGAAAUACGCCCACGGGCCUGGUACUUGUCUCGUUUACCUGAAUGACGUCGAGGUGGCACAAAGCACUACCACUUAUACGGAUCACAACCUACAGGUUAACACCCACGAACAAUACGAGAUCGGCUACAAGAAAGACUCCAAUAGCGACUACUUCAAGGGACGAAUUGGCUUCCUCAGAAUCCUUAACGAGGUUUUUAACCUUGCCGCCCCUGCACAUGAGCUCUAUCACACUGAAUUCUCAGGACCUACAGAUCACAUUGAAUCAAUCAGCGAAGGUGCCUCCUUCGUCUUCGACAGUGAGUUAAACAAACUCGUCCUGGAGCUUAAUGGUACUGGGUAUGCUCAUGUCCCCGCGGUCAAGUUCCAGAAGCAGGACUUUACCAUCGAAAUGUGGUUCAAAUCAAUUGCAAACGGCAAGAGGCAAGUCCUUUUCGCCGAUUGGUCCAAACCAUGGCAAUUCAUUAUUGCGGUAAAGGCCGACGGGAAGAUACAGGUGGAUCUCAGACGAAACAUCAACAGUGCAGGAAGCGAUCCGAAACAGAAUCUGAUUGAAGCCAGUGGUGGCUCUGUGACCCGUGGCGUUUGGCAACACCUUGUCGUCACGUAUUGGCACGUGUCUGGUACGUGUGUUAUUUACCUAAAUGACCAAGUGGUGAGCUCCCUCAGUACCACAUAUCCUGAUCACGACCUACAGGUGAAUGACCAUCCAACCUACGAAGUCGGCUACAAGAAGGACGGCAAUAGCGACUUCUUUAAGGGGCGCAUUGCACUCCUGAGUGUUGAUGGCAACGCGUACAACUUACUUGGCCGUUCAGCUUUUCCAUCUUGUGACCACUAAGAUGUCUGCAUUACUGAGAUGCAUGCAAAUGGCCCUUCCUCGGUUUCUUCUCAGUGAAUCGCUUGAUUGAUGAUUAUUCUCCAGUAUCUACUGUAUACAUCAAUAAAAUCCCUUAAAGUAUA